CAUGAGAGCCUGUCCGACAGCUUAUGAGAGUGUGCCCAGCUGAUACAGUUUGUGGUCGCGACACUGUAAUCGCAACUGAUUCCAAAGAAAACAAGGAAACAACCGACCCACGAAUUCCCGGGACAGCAGUUUUAUCCUCACCUUUGCCACCAUUCUCCCUCAUAGAUGCACGUGAUGCGACAGCUUCACAGGCAGCUUCCAGUACCUGUCUUGGUGGAGUAGCAGAAGUGUGGGUGCUUGCAGGACGAAAUAUAGAACAUUCUUCUGGCGUUAGAGUUUAAAAAAAGAAAGAUUUCAGCAAAAUACAGCUGAGCGAGUUGUGAUGCUGGCGCGUAUGUUGGUUAUUGCGCGUCUGUGUGCGUUUGAGUGCGAGAGAAGCACCUGGUGACAGCCCGUACGAGGAUAUGGGGGAAAGCUUUCUGACCUGCUAUAUCUCGCAUUUUUUAUGUGCAUUUCGUCUGUGAGAGGAUAGCCGUGUCCCGUGGAGGAUGCCGAACUGGCUGAAGAUGCAGUCCUGAAGAUUGAUGGAGGGUCAUGCCAUUCAAACAGCAGGCGUUGCUGAGACAGAAGCUCUUCGUGUUAGGCAGCCUCGCUGUAGGGAGUCUCCUUUAUCUAGUGGCCAGAGUGGGGAGCUUGGAUAGGCUGCAGCCUAUUUGCCCCGUAGAGAGCAGAGUGGCCCCUCACGCCCCCGGGCCCUUCCCCCUGCGGACGCUGCAGUACAAGAGGGGCAUCCUGCACGAGCUCCGCAAGGGCAACGCCACCAAGGAGCAGAUCCGCCUGCACAGCCUGGUGCAGCAGCUGCCCCGCGCCAUCAUCAUCGGGGUCCGCAAGGGGGGCACCCGCGCCCUGCUGGAGAUGCUCAACCUGCACCCGGCCGUGGUCAAGGCCUCGCAGGAGAUACACUUCUUCGACAACGACCAGAACUACGCCCGGGGCAUCGACUGGUACCGCGAGAAGAUGCCCUUCUCCUUCCCCCACCAGAUCACCAUCGAGAAGAGCCCGGCCUACUUCAUCACAGAGGAGGUCCCGGAGCGCAUCUUCAAGAUGAACUCCUCCAUCAAGCUCCUGAUCAUCGUCAGGGAGCCCACCACCCGGGCGGUGUCCGACUACACCCAGGUGCUGGAGGGCAAGGAGCGGAAGAACAAGACCUACCACAAGUUCGAGAAGCUGGCCAUCGACGGCAACACCUGCGAGGUGAACACCAAGUACAAGGCGGUACGGACCAGCAUUUACACCAAGCACCUGGAGCGCUGGCUCAAGUACUUCCCCGUGGAGCAGUUCCACAUCGUGGACGGGGACCGGCUCAUUUCGGACCCGCUGCCGGAGCUCCAGCUGGUGGAGCGCUUCCUCAACCUCCCCUCCCGCAUCAGCCAGUACAACCUGUACUUCAACGCCACCCGCGGGUUCUACUGCCUCCGAUUCAACAUCGUCUUCAACAAGUGCCUGGCGGGCAGCAAGGGCCGCAUCCACCCCGAGGUGGACCCCGCGGUGGUGGCCAAACUGCGCCGGUUCUUCCACCCCUUCAAUCAGAAGUUUUACCAGAUCACCGGGAGGACAUUCAACUGGCCAUGAAGGGGACGAGAGAAACAAGUACAAACUCUUUAUGGAGCUAUCACCGUGGUCAGCUUUUUUUGGUCAUAAAAAUGCCCCUUUGAAAAAUAUUUAGAAGCACUUUGACUGACGUUUAAGACUUGAGAGUAUCACAAAGUGACCAAAUAUGAAAUGGGAUCAAUGUUUUGUUCAUAGAAGUGAAGGGGAGAGUGAUUUGUGAGCUGUACUUUGCAACAACUUGAAAGCGCCCAUUCUUUCCAUGUAAUACAUUGCCUGUUUAUGGUGACAGGUAGAAAAAUGUAUUUGACUUUCCUAUUGUCAUGAGCCAUGUUUAUCCAUAACCAGUAUCAAUGGAACAUUCCUCUAGUGCGAGUUGAAAGUAUUGAGAAAUGUAAAUUGAUACAUUUUUAAAGAUGGCUUGUUCAGGGUAUGUGAAAUCCUACAGUAUCAUCUGAGUAAAAGCAUCUCACACCAGGCCCGUUAGAUUUAAGUGUUUUUCACUUUGAUUGUUUUUGCAGUUUGAUUGUGGUACAGAGAAAUGAAUCCCAGACAGAAAGAUGUCCACCUCCUGCUGUUUCUUUAUUUACUGAAGGGCUUGUGAAGGAAAUAAUUGACUCUUGAUCCCAACGUACUUGUACACUAAAUUUACUGUCGUGAACCAAUGAGUUCGAACCUUUUUUAACAAAGGUGAAGUUGGUUUAUUCAGCAGUGACAACCAAUAAUAUAUCAUGAGUUUAUUGAACCCCAUUUAUUUUGUUUCCAUUUUCUUUUUAAUAAUUCCAUUAAGGGAAGAUGCCCUCGAUGUAACCCUAUGUGUGUAUGUUUCAAAAGGGUGUGAAAAGUAAGACGGUCAAAAUAUCACUGCUGUGUAUUGCCUCUUUGAAUCUGCAAUGGCUAAUUAUUCACAGCUUCAGAAAAUCUAAACAACAAAACUGUACAGUACUACAUGGGAAUGACAGGGUUAUUUUAUUUAAUGAGUUCUUUACAUUGUUUUGUGUACACCCAGGGCCGAAACCUUGAGCAUCUCUCUUUUUCAUCCUAGUUUUCUUUUACAAUGAACAAACUGAAGUAAAUUGAAGAUGUGUACCAAUAAUCCUUCUCUGUGUCAUUUAAACUUUUUUGAUGAAAAGGCAAAUAAAAUAUAAAAAAGAAAACAUUUAAGCACUAAACCUGUUAAAAGUCAUCAUUUCUUGCUUUAAUUUCAAAAGCCUUCCAUACAACAGUACUGUAUGUUCUCAUGUUAGAAAAUAAAGGGGUUAACAUCAUUUUUGUUUUAUAA